AUGGCAUAUCAGUCUGAGAUCCUUCAUGGCUCUGAAAAAAAUUAUUUGUGUGAACAUUGUUCAAAAGCAUUUUCCCGUGCUUUCCAUUUAAAGACACAUCUGAGAGUACAUACUGGCGAGAAACCGUAUUCCUGUCUACAGUGCUCAAAAGCAUUUCCCAGCGCUUCUAAUUUAAAAAAACAUUUGAGAGUACAUACUGGAGAAAAACCGUUCUCCUGCAAGCACUGCUCAAAAGCAUUUUCCCACUCUGCAAAUUUAAAGACACAUCUGAGAACCCAUUCUGGCGAGAAACCGUAUUCCUGUGUUCAGUGCUCAAAGGCAUUUUCUGGUGCUUCCGAUUUAAAGAAACAUCUGAGAGUACAUACUGGAGAGAAACCGUAUUCCUGUGAACAUUGCUCAAAGGCAUUUUCCCUCGCUUCCAAUUUAAAGAAUCAUCUGAGAACCCAUACUGGCGAGAAACCGUAUUCCUGUGUUCAGUGCUCAAAGGCAUUUUCUGGUGCUUCCGAUUUAAAGAAACAUCUGAGAGUACAUACUGGAGAGAAACCGUAUUCCUGUGAACAUUGCUCAAAGGCAUUUUCUGAUGCUUCCGAUUUAAAGACACAUCUGAGAGUACAUACUGGAGAGAAACCGUAUUCCUGUGAAUAUUGCUCAAAGGCAUUUUCCCGUGCUUCCGAUUUAAACAAACAUCUGAGAGUACAUACUGGAGAGAAACCGUAUUCCUGUGUACAGUGCUCAAAAGCAUUUUCCCGUGCUUCCGAUUUAAAGACACAUCUGAGAUUACAUACUGGAGAGAAACCGUAUUCCUGUGAACAUUGCUCAAAGGCAUUUUCUGAUGCUUCCGCUUUAAAGAAACAUCGGAGAUUACAUACUGGAGAGAAACCGUAUUCCUGUGUAUAUUGCUCAAAGGCAUUUUCUGAUUCUUCCGAUUUAAACAAACAUCUGAGAGUACAUACUGGAGAGAAACCGUAUUCCUGUGUAUAUUGCUCAAAAGCAUUUUCCCGUGCUUCCGAUUUAAAGACACAUCUGAGAUUACAUACUGGAGAGAAACCGUAUUCCUGUGAAUAUUGCUCAAAGGCAUUUUCCUGUGCUUCCAAUUUAAACAAACAUCUGAGAGUACAUACUGGAGAGAAACCGUAUUCCUGUGUAUAUUGCUCAAAAGCAUUUUCCCGUGCUUCCGAUUUAAAGAAACAUCUGAGAUUACAUACUGGAGAGAAACCGUAUUCCUGUGAGCAUUGCUCAAAAACAUUUUCUGAUGCUUCACACUUAUUUUAUCAUCUGAGAACCCAUACUGGCGUGAAACCGUAUUCCUGUGAAUAA